GAAUGAGUUCUCACAUAAUGCAUACAAAUACAGAGGAAGAGGAUGGAUACUCUCAUUUAAAUCACCCGCCACAGCAUCCAUCCAGACACUACAUGUCCUUGAACAUCAACCGAGGGCGCUCUCUUCCCUUUGCUGUAUGGUGGCCAGCUAUCUUCACUUUGUUUGCCCUGGGCCUGGCCCUCACCGUAGGAAUGAUAGUCCUAGGUCUCAGAGGUUCUAAGGCACCUGCAGGACACGACGAAAACUUGCAAGGCCUAAAGCAGAGAUUGUGCUUGAUGAGUGACGCAAACAGUAAGAACAAUAAACCCGCAUGUUCACUGUGCCCUGUAAACUGGAAAUGGGUUGGAGGCGACACCUGUUUCUACUUGUCAGAAAAGGAGGCCACAUGGCAGGAAAGUGAAGACUUCUGCUUCUCCCAGAACGCCACCCUUCUUACGCUGAAAAGGAAAAGCAAGCUGAUUAGCAUAUCUCAAAUAUCACGAAAACAAUCUUACUGGAUUGGAUUAUCAUAUGGAGUUGAUGGCUGGUCUUGGACAGAUGGUACAAAACUUUCUACAAAAAGAAUGGACUGGAUUGAUUUAUCCUCUGAGCAAAACUGUGCAUACCUGUUCUAUCGUAAGUCAAGAGUUUACAGUGAGAACUGUAAUGAGAAAUAUCCCUGGAUCUGUGAGAUGGCAGCAGUCCAGCUGAUCUAAAAAGGUUAUCAGCAGAAA